CACAUCGUAGGCGUUUUCUCCCCUGCGAAGUCUACUGAACAGCCAGUCAUGAUCCUUUACCGAUCUUUGAUCGUGGUUUUGGCCUUAAUGGCAAUGAUUUACUCAGCGAAGGCCGGUGGAGGAGGAUACGGAAGCAGAGGAGGCGGUGGAGGAGGUGGCUUUGGUAAUUCCGGUGGAUUUAGCGGCGGCGGAGGAGGGUUUUCUGGACACGGUGGAUCUGGUGGAUUUAGCGGAGGUGCUGGAGGAGUAGGCGGAGGAGCCCGAGGAUUUAGCGGAGGAAGCGGUGGGCAUGGCGGCGGACGAGGUGGAGGCAGCGUCGUUCGCGCGCGCUUGGUCGGCGUUGGCGUUCUUCCUAGCGUCGGCGGCGGCUCGGGCUUUGGAGGUGGCAGCGUGGGCGGCGGCGGCGGUUUCGGCCAAGGUGGAGGACGAGGAAGUGGCGGAGGAAGCUACGGAUGGUAAUUACCACAGGCAAAGGUCACUUCUUACACCCGGAUUUCGACUGUAUCUGCAAACAAAAUAAAAUUGUGAAAUGCA